UGCCGUGUGAAGAACAUGCCAUUUGUGGAAACUUUCCAAAUGUGGUGGUACAAAUAUUGCACCUGCAACGUGGAGGAGGACGAAGAGCCCCUCCUCGCCCUGAACAUGGUUCAAGGUGAUCUGAACAACUUGAGCCCUGGUGUGAGAAACUUUGUGGAAGAAAGUGCGAAGCUGUGUCAGCCAGCCAGCAUCCACAUCUGUGAUGGAAGCGAGGAGGAGAACGGGCAGAUUCUGGCCAUGAUGGAGGAACAAGGAAUGAUCAAACGCCUACGCAAGUACCACAAUUGCUGGCUGGCUCGCACCGACCCCAAGGAUGUUGCUCGUGUGGAGAGACAAACGGUGAUUGUCACCCCUGAACAGCGGGAUACCGUUCCCAUAGCGAAGAACGGAGAGAGCCAGCUGGGCCGAUGGCUGUCCGAGAAGGAAUUUGAGAAGGCCUUCACCGCACGAUUCCCAGAGUGUAUGAAAGGCCGUACGAUGUACCUGAUCCCGUUCAGCAUGGGGCCCGUGGAGUCGCCUCUGAGCAAGUUUGGCGUCCAGCUCACGGACUCGCCCUACGUUGUAGCCAGCAUGAGGAUCAUGACACGUAUGGGAGCGGCUGUGCUGGAGGCGCUGGGCAGCGGCCAGUUUGUGAAGUGUCUCCACUCAGUGGGCUGUCCUCUACCACUGAAGAAGCCACUGGUCAAUAACUGGGCCUGCAACCCGGACCUCAUCCUGGUCGCCCACAUUCCUCAGCGCAUGGAGAUCACUUCAUACGGGAGUGGCUACGGCGGCAACUCGCUGCUGGGGAAGAAAUGCUUUGCCCUGCGCAUUGCAUCGAGGAUGGGCAGGGACGAGGGCUGGCUGGCUGAACACAUGCUGAUCAUGGGUGUGACCAACCCCAAAGGCCAGAAGAAGUACAUUGCUGCCGCGUUCCCCAGCGCUUGUGGCAAAACUAACAUGGCCAUGAUGAAGCCCACACUGCCCGGCUGGAAGGUGGAGUGUGUGGGAGAUGACAUCGCCUGGAUGAAGUUUGAUGAGCAAGGAAUCCUGAGGGCAAUCAACCCAGAGAACGGCUUUUUCGGCGUUGCCCCCGGGACAUCCGUGAAAACCAACCCAAACGCUAUGAAAACCAUCCAUGAGAACACCAUUUUCACCAACGUGGCAGAGACCAGUGAUGGUGGCGUUUACUGGGAAGGAAUCGACGAAACCCUUCCUCCCCACAUCACAGUGACUUCCUGGAGGAACAAAAGGUGGACGCCAGAAGAUGGGGAACCUUGUUCACACCCCAACUCCAGGUUCUGCUCUCCUGCCAGCCAGUGCCCAAUCAUGGACCCAGACUGGGAGUCUCCCGAUGGCGUUCCCAUUGAAGCAAUUAUCUUUGGAGGGCGGAGGCCGAGAGGUGUCCCUCUGGUGUAUGAAGCGUUCAACUGGCAGCACGGAGUUUUCAUCGGAGCAGCCAUGAGAUCCGAGGCUACUGCUGCAGCUGAGCACAAAGGUAAGGUCAUCAUGCACGACCCUUUUGCCAUGAGGCCUUUCUUCGGGUACAACUUUGGCAAGUACCUGUCGCACUGGCUCAGCAUGGAGCACAGGCCCCAGUGCAGACUUCCCAAGAUCUUCCACGUCAACUGGUUCCGCAAGGACAAGCAGAACAACUACCUGUGGCCCGGCUUUGGUGAGAACUCGCGGGUCCUGGAGUGGAUGUUCCGUAGGAUCGAGGGAGAGGACUGCGCCAAGCUCUCUCCCCUUGGCCUCAUCCCCGCUGAUGGUGCCCUGAACCUGGAGGGCCUGAACAAUGUGAACAUGGAGGAGCUCUUCAGUGUCGAGAGGGAGUUCUGGGAAGAGGAAAUAAGAGAAAUCAGGAGAUACUUUGAUGAGCAAGUCAACGACGACCUUCCCAGUGAUGUGGCCAAUCAGCUGGAGCAGUUAGAGCAGAGAAUAAGUGACUUGUAACCAGGGCCUUGCCAA